GGCUCACCGAUCUAACGACGCAUUCGCAAUUCCGACAGCGACAGCAGCUCACUUCAGGCUUUUCGGCUACAGAGAUCCAUACACUUAGAUAGCACAAUGGCCGACUCGAUCAUGGCGCUGCUGGAGCAGAACCCUACCACUGGCAUCGCAGUGGGCGGCGCUAUCGUCGCCGCUGCUGUGGGUCUGACGGCCGCUAAGGCGCUGGGGGGCAAGGCGGCUCCAGAGGCCACUGCCGUCACCAAGAAGAAAAAGAAGAGCAAGGCCAAGAAGAAAACGCCCGCUGCAUCUGCUCCCGCGGAUAAGGAGAACGCGUCCGACAUCAACCUCGAGGAGUUCGUGGACGAUGGUCCGGAUUCGGAGGAGGAGGAGGCUAUUCGCGCUGAGAAACGCAAGCUAAAGCUCAAGCAGAAGAAGAAAAACGCCAAGGCCAAGCAGCGUGCGGCCGCUAGCUCCUCUGGAAAGCCCGUUGUGGAGACUGACAAGGAGAAAGAGAAGAAGAAGGCUGCUGCCGUCGCGCUUAAGAAGGACACCGAGGACGGUUGGGAAACUGUCGUCAACAAGAAGUCUGCUAAGCCCAAGCAGCAGUAGACGUGCACAACGUGACGCUGUCUGGCUGUCAAGCUGAUGGGCGUUACGGUCCGAAUAGUUGAUUUUUUCCCUUUCUUUCCUGUGGAGGGUGAGAUGGAGGGCAUGCACAUAUUGAUACAACGUGCUGUAACUCCUGUUUUUCUCUC